AUGAUAAAGAACCAGAGCCAACCUGGCUCCUAUAAAUUCUCCAGUCAGCUGCUUGCAUGUAAACAGAGAAAGAUUCAGCAUGCUCGUACCAGCCUUGUCAUUCACGUUUAUCAUUUAUUUGAUCAUGAUCAUGAUCAUGAUCAUGAUCUCUUCACUGUCCACUCUUCUUCUUCAUCUGCUUCAUGGAGGUUCCUAAGGACAUUCCUCAGGAAGUGGAGAAAGCUUAACACAGAGUUGUUAAGCUCUGCAAAAACCAAUGAGUAUUGCCGGUGGGUUAUCCUGAGCCGCAGUACUGCAGAAGAUGAGGCCAUCCCAAGGGAUGUCCCCAAAGGCCAUAUGGUUGUUUACGUGGGGGAAGCUCGCAAGAGGUUUGUAAUCAGAGUCUCAUUUCUUGAACAUCCAUUGUUCAGGGCAUUGCUUGAUGAAGCUCAAGAGGAGUAUGACUUUAACUGUGAUUCCAAGCUGUGCAUUCCAUGUGAUGAAAACAGCUUUCUUGGUGUUCUUCGCUUCGUUAGAUCUCAGCAAGAUACAAAACUCUGCCUCUGCUUCUAA